GAUUGUAUGUAAAAACUGAAAAAUAUGUUGAGUACGAUAAUCCAGUAACAUUGAUGUCACGUUUGUUCUGUCUGUGGUUCUGAUAUGGUCAUAGUUAUCUUUCGUUACGUUUAUUCUGAGUGAUUUUAAAUACAGAUGACUCUUUAUAAUGUACGGUAAAGAAUGUGUGGUGCUUGCUAAGGGAUCAAAUGUUUAGUAGGAUGCCAUAAGAUCAAGAUGUACAAUUUGUGUGGCCGCCGCGAAGGGUGACCAAACCAAAGGAGAACAAGGGCGAGGGAGAACACCAAGGAAGAAAGAACGGUAAAAGACCACAGGAAGAAGAUAAAGGAAGUUGGACAUCUUACCUAGACGGGUUCCACGAGAAGGGAACCCCACAAGUGCCAACACGCCAGCAGAAUGCUUAUUCGCCACGAAGAACGAUGGGCUGGCAAGAAGCCAAACUCUACUAAUGAUCGUCUGAAGUGUUCUUGUGCUCCAGACCCACAAAGCACUGCCUCAGAAUGGAGAAAAAGCUGCCCAUCAUUGAAGUGACGAAGGACAACUUUGAAGAGGUGUGGCCUUCCAUAGCCCAGGCCGUGAAAGAUGCGACGUUUGUGGCCGUGGACUGUGAGCUGUCUGGCCUUGGUAAAAGAAGUAAGAUCAACAGUCAAGAGCUUGACAUUCGAUACCAGAACUUGGCGGAAGUAGCAAAAAGUUAUGCAGUUAUUGCCUUUGGAUUAUCAUGUUUCUCUUGUAACUCUGUGAGCAGUAUCAGUGUGCAAGAUGGAAAAGGUGAAGAACAAAUCCAUAGUCAUGAUUACAUGGUGCAGACUUACAAUGUGCUUACCAUGUGCAGUGAUCCUUUCACUGUGGAUUGCUCAUCCCUCAAGUUCUUACUAAACCAUGGAUUCGACUUCAACAAGCUAUAUUCCAAAGGAACCCCUUAUUACAAAGGCUGUGAUCGUCAGGAAAAUGAAGCGCCUAGUGUGCGGCACAUUUUCUCAAAACUCCUGGAACACAGGAAGCCACUCAUUGUACAUAAUGGCUUAAUAGAUCUGAUAUUCCUCUACCAGUCAUUCUACACUGACCUCCCAAAGAAGAAUGAUACUUUUGCUGCAGAUCUUGAUGACCUCUUCCCACUGGGUGUUUAUGACACAAAGUAUCUUGCUGAAUUCCACCUGUCCAUGCCAGCCACCUACUUGGAGUACUUGUUCAAAAAGAUGCAGCUAAAGAAUGCCUCUCGUCAGAAGAAGGGAGAAUGGCAUGUGCGGUUGCAGUUCCCUCCCUAUCCUCAGCAGGCACCCAGUAUCAACUGGCACUCCUACCUUCAGAUCCACUCUUACAGCGUGGAGAAUGAUGGUGAUGAAAGGGAACUGUGCCAGAAUUUUGCUUUACAUGGGUUUUGUACAAAGAGAGAAGUGUGUCCCAUGAGCCACAAUAUCAAUAGAGUCGUCAAGGUCCUACAGACUUCAGGAGCCAAGAAGCGUGGAACCUCGAAGUACACUGGUCCUAAGGAAGGCUCUCUCGUCCGCAUCAUAGAGAAAUUCAGCAUGCCAGAGGAGCAGGUUAGGUCACAUAAAAGGAAACGCUUAUCUGAGAAUAAGGGUGUAAAGUUACUCCUAAGCCCUAAGGAGACAGAUGAGCCAGAGAAGGUCAUAGAUGGUCCUCAGUGUGUUGUCCCAGUGCAAGUUGCAAAUGAUGACAUUCGUACUAGCAAUGGACACAGGGCUGGUUUUGAUGCUUUCAUGACAGGAUAUGCAUUUGCCAGUGCUGUUUCAGGAAAGGGAGUGUGGACUUCAAAAGAUAAACCCUUUACAGCUGCAAACAUUGGUCUUGUUGAUCAAGUAAAUAAGAUGUAUUUGAUGGGGAAAAAUAUUCCUUUCUUAAUCAGAACUGGAACUUAUGCCAAUAUGUCUGCAAAACACUGUAAUAAAAUAGUGAAAGUGAGAAAUGGAGAACAAACUUUGAAAAAUGUGUAAAUCACUAAGAAAAUAAUUGGUUUUGUCAUCAUUGUGAUGUACAGAAGCCCCCCGCUGUUCACGGGUAUUUGGUUCCGCGAGAUUCCCGUGAUUCGCGAUCAAUGGGACUAAAUUCAAAUAGGGAAAAUAGGGUUUCAUUCUACCAUCUCGAUCGAAUAAAAAAAUUGAUUUCUAAGGCAUUUUUAAGCAUUGUUAUAUAGUUUUACUUACACAUAAAUCACAAAUUAAAUAUGGACUGUAAUAAUUUAACACUCACGUCCAGGCAAGGGGUAAUAAAGGCUCUGUUUUUCCCUGUAUAUCUUGUGUUUAAGCUAUUAUUGCUGCUCUCCUGGUGAAUUUAAUUGUCUGAUGUGAUGGUUGGUUGUGUUAUUUAAUGCCCUGACCCACCCAGUAAGCGAGAGUGAGUGUGUAAAAGUUCAUGGCCUCACCGUCCUCGCCGUGGCUGCCAUCUUGUUUGUUUUGCUCCAGGUACACCAGUGUUGCUAGAUCAUUGUACUUAGCACAUAGUAUAUUCCGUUUCCUGACCCAUAACUAUUGCAUAAAACAUCCCUAAUUAACGGUUUUAACAAUAACUUUAACUGAAUAUCGUUAUUAGUGCGGGGACAGCAUUGCCAAGCUUGAAAGACCCGAAAGGCAUCUGUGUAUCAUACUUAAGGAUUAUUUCACUUACUUUAACACUGUAAUGUUCGGUUUGGAGGGAAAGAGAUGUAAAGUUAUUCCAGUUUUAUUAAUUAUGUUUUCUGUGUCCCAGAUUAAUGAGCUUUCACUACAGUGCAUGUAGGAUAACUGUAGUUCUUAACCACCAUGAUCCUGUCAGCCAAACGUCAGACCCAACGGGAAAUACGUAGUGCGAAUAGCACUGCGGCCUUCCAUGCAAUCAAUUGAUGUUUAGAAAGCAAAAAUUUUGAAAGAGACAGUCCUGUACAUCCAGCCCAAGAUCCAGCCCCAGGGACGGUUUCUUUGUUUACAUUGCGCAACGUUUGAGCUGGACGCUGCAGACCACAUAUACACGAGUUUUCAUCUGUGUUCGGCGGGGGGUGUCGCAAGUACCCUACCCGCGUAUAAGUGAAUCCGUGAACGGCGGGGGGCUUCUGUAAUCCUACACUAGCAAAAGAUUUAAUGAAAGGUUUCUAGUUUUAAAAUUUAUUUUGAAGUCACUUGUGCCAGUAAGCCAGUAUGAUCACCCAAAAGUACUGUGCUUGGAAAAACAGUAUGUGCCACUGAUGCAUUUUUACUUAAUUGUAUUUUUUGGUUUUGGCUGUAUAUGUACAUUCCUUAUUUUUUUAUGCAUUUUUGAUUUUUGCUCCUGAAAUGAGUUUCAGUUGGUAUUCAUAGAGAAUUGGUAUUAUUAUUAUUAUCAUUAUUGGACAUUCUAAAUACUGUGAUCCUCCAACGAGCUACAGUGAUGAAUCUCAUUAUAUAUCAGUUGACUCAUGACCAAGUGGCCAGCACAUGAUGAUGACCCUGAAUAACCCUGCUGCUACCAGCUAAAGAUUUCUACCAUUGCUGAGUGGCCAAAGAUACCAUUUUGCUGCCUAAAUGACCACAAAUCAACACAACCUUUGGCAGCUAUGGACAUGCACAAAAGGAAAAGGAAUAUUAUUUGGAUAUAGAGGUAAAUAAAUUUCAUGACAUGUAUUUUAC